GACUUUGAAACUUCAAAUAUAGAAUUUUAAAAACUGUAAAAUAGAGAAUUUUUUUGGAGAUGCUCUUAGUAUAAUAAAUUUUUAAUCUUCGGUAUUCAAACUUCCGAGUCAGUGCUUGAAAAAAAUCGUGAGUCUAUGUGCAGCCUUUGUAUAGUUAGGACCAGAGUUAACUCAUAAAAAUAAAUGUAGAAAAAAAUAUUUUGAAGCAAAACACAAUUUUACAGUAACUUAUAUUAUGAAACAAAUUUAGUAUUUUAUUAAUUUUUCUGUUCGUUUGCACAUUUUUGUCAAUAUUUUUUGGUCAACCUUACAUACUCCUAGUUUUAGCCGUCUUAUAAAGAUCUUUUGAUUUUUGAUUUUUUAGAUUAGGGCCUUUUCUGCACCUAGUUUUGGGAAAUCUCCAUCCAAUUAAAGAAUAGCUAUUUCCGAUAAAGACUUAAUUGCAUCUUAAAUUGCAUGUCUAGAUUCAUGUAAAAACUCUAGGGAAAUCGAAGCCUAAUAGGCUAAUAGCGUUCGGCUGUACUCUUCUCUUACUUAUAUAUCUCAUGGAAAUUUCUUACCCCAUAGACAUGGCUGGGCUUGUAACCUCAACAAGGCAACAAAGUCCCUCCAAUGGAAAUCAAAUUAGUUCAUCUUCAAGAUCUUUGGGAGGUGAAAAUGAUGAUACAAACUGCUCGGCAAAGCUGCUUGACUUAGAAGCUCUUAACUGUCCUAUUUGCUGCGUCCCACUGACUAGUAAUAUCUUCCAGUGUGACAAUGGACAUAUAGCUUGCCCUACAUGUUGUAACAAACUGAGGAACAAAUGCCCUUCUUGUGCUCUUCCUAUUGGUCUUAUUCGUUGCCGAGCAAUGGAAAGGGUGAUUAAGGCAGUCAUUGUCCCAUGCCCAAACUCUAUGUCUGGUUGCAUAAAGAAGUUCUCAUAUGGGAAUGAGUUAACUCACGAGAAUGAAUGUAGUUUCUCUCGUUGCUACUGCCCUGCACGGAAUUGCAAUUACACUGGCUCUUAUAAGGAUCUAUACUCCCACUUCAAAACUCACAAUAGUGAAAGGGGAUAUAGUUACAAAUUUCUUUUUGGGGAGUUUGCUGAAGUUUACUUUGUAUUGACUGAGUAUACUUCAGUUGUUAUGAGGGAAAAUGAGGCCGGCCUACUGUUUGUCGUUCAGUGUUUCAGUGAGCCAUAUGGUGUUUAUGUGACUGUGAGCUGUAUAGCUCCUUCUGCUGAUGAAAUUGGUGAGUUCUCUUGUUUCAUCUCCACUACUGCGGUCAAUUAUAGUAUCCCUCAUAAUAUCAUGACAUUUAAAUCACCGAAGGUCAUGAAAAUUCGGAAAUUGAGUUCUGAAACUCCUGAAAAGGAUUUCUUCUUGGUUCCUUCCUUCUUCUUUCCUGGACGUCAAUCGUUGAAGUUGCGGAUUUGUAUCAGCAAGUUGGAACAAGAAUAA